AUGACGGAGCGGGAGUGCAGGGUUCGCUUCCCUGGGCUCGCGCAGUCCAUCGACGAUGUUGUGGCGCAGGGUCCCUUUGAGGUGAUGGAUACGGGCGAUGCCGGGCCCCUCCAGGGGAGGAUCAAGAACGGAAAGCUCUACAUCGUCAACGCGCAAAGGAGGUCGGACUUGUCUGCAGAAAUGCUCAACUCCAGAACGGGCUCCCUCCACCAACUCCACCGCGCCAUCGUCACGUCCCCCGAGCCGAUCCCAGACACGAUAUUCUCCCUGAACUUCCAAGAUUCGCCCCUGAGCGACGGCUACAGCAUAGGCUACAGCCGACCCGCAGACCCGCGACUGCGCGGCGACGACUUGAACAAGAACCGCCGCACCUUCCUGAUGCCGCACUUUUCCUUCUGGGCCUGGCCGAUCCGCCACGUGGCAGGCGGAACGUUUGACGAGGCGGCCGCGGCCAUCGACGAGGUCGAGGCCGGUUACGACGGUGGUGGCGGCGACUGGACGAGCAAGACGGCCCGUGCCGUGUGGCGCGGGACGGUACGGUUCGAGAGCGCGCUGCAGCCCGGCCUGCGCAGGAACCUCAUCCAGGUCGCGGCUCGGGCCGCCGCCGCAGGCGAGUCGUGGGCCGACGUGCUCCCGCUCAACGACUCGACCGCCCUCGCAAUCCAGGCCUUUUGCCGGUACCGGUACGUGCUGCACACGGAAGGGGUGGCCUACAGCGGCCGGUUCCAUUUUCUGCAAAUGUGCCGGAGCGUGGUGCUGUCUCCGCCCCUGCUAUGGAUGCAGCACACGUCGCACCUGCUGAGGCCCAUCUUCUCUGCGUCGCUGCUCGGGAGGCCGCAGCCGGCGGGAGCAUCCGGGGCGCGGGCGGCCAGGUCCUGGCCCGUGUCGUUCUCGGUCGGCGAGGCGAAUAUCGUGUUUGUGACGCAGGACUGGUCUGACCUCCCAGAGACGGUGGCAUGGCUCGAGGCGCAUCCGCAUGUAGCAGAAGGCAUCGCCAGCAGACAGCGGGAGUUGUUCGUUGGGGGCGGUUACUUUAGCCCGGCUGCCGAGGCGUGCUAUUGGAGAUCUCUCAUCAGGGGUUGGAGCACGGUAGCGCAUGUUGAUCCAGACGUCUGGGGAACAAGGUUGGGUACUCGGUUCGAGGUGUUUAGUCUCAAAGGAGAGCUGUGA